AUGUCAACACGCUCAGGUAAACGUCUCCGGUCUCCUGUAGCUCCUGUGGCUACCAAAGCAAGCAAUAACCGCAAGACCGACACUCGAAAACGUCCCAAUACCAGUAAUCGUGGAUCGAAGCGUGCUAGAGAAGGACAACAAGACGAUCAGCAAGGCAAUGAUUUGGAUCGUGAUGAAGAAAACUUACUUAAUCCAAAUGACGACGAGACUCAUCCAGAGUUCACUUCCAACUUCCCCGAAUUGACUUUUGACAACGUUGAAGAACAACUUGAUAAGUGGACACUUGUAGAGCUCAGGAACGCCCUUAAGGAUCAGAAAAAGCGAACUCUUAGGCACAAGAAUCAAGCUCCAAGUGAGAUCAAGACGUUUGUUGAGUUGGUUCGGCGGGACUACGAGAAACGGAUGUUGAUGGCCGCACUUAUUGGUGGAAUCAGCGAGACGAUGAUAUGGUCGCUUGUUGAUGCAGGUCCAAAGAAAAAAAACAAAUUAAACUGUUAUGCUCGAUUCUUGUCCUUCGGCAAGGAGGCUCUUGAGGUUGAAGUGCCUUCUCGAAACGUUCCAGCUGGAUGGGGCCGUCGCAACAAGAUACUGCGGGACAAGUGGAAAGAAAAGAGUGUUGAUCAACAGAUGGUAUUUCGGGACCCGUUUUUCUUCGCUUUAGCCAAACUUCCCGAUUUAUCCUUAUCGAAUGAGGAUCAUGUUCAACUGGAAGAUGACAAUGGCGAGAUCAUCGACAACCACAAUCCAGCAGCCCAAGUAUCAGCCCCCAAGAUUCAUCAGUUAUGCAAGAGCGAUGAGAUCAAGUAUCGACCAAUCUAUGAAGAUUUGGUAGAUGUUGAGAAAGUUCAUGCCAACCACGGAAAACCAGAAUCAACUGACUCAAUGCAAACUAUGCAGCUCAAGUCUUUAGCAGCAUUUCGAGCCGCACAUCAUGAUUUUGCCACAGUGUGCCAGCGUUUCCACAUUCACUAUCACCUGACUGCCCUCAGCUGCGAUGUUGAAGAUGGCUGGAAUCGAGUUUUGUCAACCGAUAAGACAUUCUCGACGUGGGCUGAAGAAAAUUUGAAAUUGUCAACGAAGUUUAAGUAUUAUGUCCACGGCAAGGUAGUGGCUCAGGAAAUUGAAAAGAAGCUACCUCAACCUGUUGAUGCGCGUAGAGGCGAACUGACUAGAGAGCUCAAUAAACUGCUAAUUAACCAGUAUUGUGUCACAUCUACAACACAAGAUGUACACAUGCCCGGUAAGAUCUUUCCAAAAACAGGGAAUCCAUUUGAAGUGAUUGCAGACAAAGGUUGGCCAAUCCGACUCAAUCUUAAACGACCAGAAAGUUUACUCUUACCGGAAGAGUUGGCCUUGGGUUUUCGAGAUUGCAACGAUGCACUAAAAAAGAACUGGCUCAGCGACAUUCAAAGUGGACACUUCACUAUCGAAAAGAUUCCAGCUUCUGAGAUCAUUACAAUGAAAAGAAAGCCCAAAAACAAAUCAAGUAAAAAAUCGAAAUCGAAAUCGAAAUCGACUCAACCACACGCAGCAUCACCUGUCAACACUCAAGAACACACCCGAAAUGAUGGAACUGCAGAGCAUGCGGAGUCUCAACCUAUCCCGCGAACUCAAACAGCUCAAACCCUGCCUGAUCAAACUCAUUCACAACAAAUUGUUGAAUCAUCGAGGAAAAAGAAAUCAAAGAAAUCAAAGAAACCAGCUAAGAAGCUUCGCCGGGAUGAUGAUGAAUCCUCCGAGUACAAGACAGCAUCUGAAUCUGAUCCAGAUGAAUCUGAUCUAGAUGAAUCUGAUCCAGAGUCGAACUGA